AUGGGGGUUGGGGAGAUCGUCUCGGCGCCCCCUCCUUCCCCAAGCACCUGCCUCGGUGCUCCCGGCGGGCUCCCAAGUGGCGGUGGCGGCUGCCUCUGCCUCCUCCUCUUCCUCCUCCUCCCUCCUUCCCUCCCUCGCUGUGGUGGUGGCGACGGAGCCCGGAACGGGGAGCCGGGCUUGGGGGGGGGGAAGGAUGGGACUCGAAGGGGCCGGAUUCUUAAAGGGCGAGGCCUGGGCGGAGCUGAGGAGGGGGAGCGUUCUCAAGGGGCGGGGCUGUUGUUAUUUGUCCGCUCUGGCCGUUCCCCUUCCCUCCUCUCCUCGGGGCUUGGUGUGAGCCCACACCUGGUCGGGAGCCCAAGUCCCACCCGGGAGCCGCCUCCCCCACCCCCCACCCCUCACCCCGGGCUGGGAAUGGGCAACGUGCAGUCUGAGCCGCCCGGCUCAGAGCCCGGCAAGUCCCGUGCCUCGCGGAAGGAGCCGGCCUCGGACCGCCCUGUCAACGCCAGCCGCCGCGGUCCCCUGACCGAGGCAGAGUCGUCGCCAGCACCCUCAGCCCCAGGCCCCCCUACCCUGCGUUUGGCCCGCGGUCCAGGAGUCUGGUUCCCCGGAGGCCCCACCACACCAGGGCUUUUGGCGCCCCCCGAGGGUGCCGCCGGGGCCCUACACUCACAGCCUCAGCCUGCUCCGCUGGUCCCUGCACCGCUGGACCUGCAGCCGCCCUCUGGACUUCCGCCCGAGGAGUCUCCUCCGACGGCGGCCGGAACUGCAGGGCCGCUGCUUCCUACGCCCCCCAAGUGGCGAAAUCCGCUGGGGACGCCUGUACCCCGGAUCCGGGGCCUGCUAGAGGCGCGCCACCGAGGCCAGGGAGACCCACCCGGCCUUCGCCUGCUGCCCGCACCCCCGCCCCCGUCCCUACCCACUCCACAACCUCCAGCGGACGGGCCAGAGCCUUCAGUGAGACCAGCCCUGCCACCUCCGCCCCCACCCCCGCCCCCAGAACCUCAGAAACCGCCUCCCGAACGAGAGGCACCCCCGGGCCGUAGAAGCGCCCCUCCUGGGGGCUCCCCUCGAGGCGGCGCGGGCGAAGGCAGGGCGCGUCAGACUGGCAGCCCUGGGAGGGAGGGUCCAGCGACCGGAGGCGGUGAGGGAGAACCCCCGCCGGCGGUUGAGCCGGGCCUCAGCCUGCUGUGUAAAGUGACCUUCCAGUCCGGCUCCCUUCUGGCCGGCGGGGCCGCCGUGCCUCCCAAGCCCCCGGCUCGCGGGGGCGGCCUGCUCUUUUCCUCUGGAGCCAUCUCGUAUGCUGAGGCCCUAAAGCAGGGCUCCCCGGGGCCUGGGUCCCCUAGGACCCCAGGAGAGGCUAUCCGGGGUACCUUGGAGACAGAGGGUGGGGAGGGGGAUGGAGAGGGGCCCGCUGGGUCCCCCCCGGCUGUGCCACCAGCCCCACCUCCUCUGCCAGCACCCCGGGCUCCACCCCCACCUUACGCCCCCUUUCCAGGAGCUAAGCCCAAGUUCGAUUGGGUGACCCCGCCUGAGGGCCCUGAACGCCACUUUCAGUUCAACGGGGCCAGCGGAGGUAGCGGCAGCGGUGUGGGGGGAGCUAGGCGGCGGGGAUCCGGGCUGUCCGGGGCGGCUGCCCCUUGGGGGGCACCACCUCCGCCACCACCACCUUUACCUGCUCCUGGGCCUCGCAGGCCGGGCCCAGCGCUCCUGGCACCCCCAGUCUUCAUCUUCCCGUCUCCCUCCCCGGCCGACGGGGAGACCCGGACUCCGGCUGUCCAGGUUUCCCCAGGGCCGCAAGAAGCCCCUCAGCUGUCGCCGCCGCCGCCGCCACCACCCCCGCUCCCACCACCUCCGCCUCCGCCACCAGCUCCCCCGGCGUCUGCUUUGCCUGAAGCACCUCCCACCCCGGUACCAGCGCCGACUCCAGCCGUACAGUCUCCCCGGGCUGUGGGCCCUCCGUCCCCAGCCCCUGCCAAGCCGCGGACCAGGAAGAACAAGGGCCCGCGGAGCGGUAGGGGCGGCCCCGCGCGGGAGGAGGGCGCGAGUGGCGAGGGUCCCCGCGACCGGGCGGCCCCGGGCCAGGGCCAGCCCGCUGAGAGUGGCGGCCCCCCCCCAGCUCGCCACUGGCCACCAUUCCAGGUGCUCAGCUCCUGCCCUUGCAAGUGCUACUGUCGCCACCAGCCCCGGCACCGCCGGCUGCCCCGCAACGUCUCAGCCUGGCUGAGCACCCCCACCAACCAUCUGAGCGAACCCCCUUGGGUGGCUACGGUCAAGCUGGCUGGCUCCUUAGUGGCAGGGCUGGACCACUAUGACCUGCAAGCAGCUGAGGCAGACUAAGGAUGGGGGGGAUGGACAAGAGGGUUACUGGACCACCUCUUAUCCCUUCAAUAAAAGACCCUAGUCUCCCCUA